AUGACAUACGAACAGAUCCCUGCUACUGAUAUCAAGCACAUCAUGUUCAUUGCACAGAAAUACACGCCAAUUGAAAAGGUCGGGGAGGGCUCGUUCAGUGUUGUGUACAAGGCAUUAGACACUGAGUCAGGCAGACAUGUUGCAAUCAAGGCAAUAACAAAGACAAGCUCUCCAGCACGUAUUCUUGAGGAGUUGACGUUCUUGAAGACACUCGGUGGAAAGAAAAACUGCAUGGGAUUGCUAGGAUGCUUCAGACAGGAAGAUCAGGUUGUUGCUGUGUCACCAUACUUCGAGUCGAUCGAUUUCAGAGAGUUCAUCUCAAGUGCAAGCAUAAUGGACAUCAAGAAGUACAUGUACAAUCUAUUGAUAGCAAUAGAACAUGUACACAGCAACAACAUUAUACACAGGGACCUGAAGCCUAGCAACUUUCUUUACAACAAGGAUAUUGGAAAGGGAAU